GCUCAAGGAAUUGUGACCAGUCAACAUAGAACUCAAGCAGCGCUGCAGUCUUCUGGGGACUUUUGUUUGCCUAUGUCACAUCAGCCUCAGGACGUCUUGGAGACAGAUGGAAUUGGAAUCGUCGAUCCUCUCAUUCGACGGGUGCAUGAUGUUCUUCAGGCUUUUGACCGCCACUCCGUGCAAUCUAUCCUUGAUCUGACCGAUGCUUUGAAUCAAUGUUCAAUGUUGCUUGCGAAGGAUCAGAGGCACCGACAUGUUGUAGGCGAGACCAACCCUGCGCUGUGGAAGCUCGUCCAGGAAUUGUGGAAGAUGUUUGCGGAGCUACACGCUGAUGAAGAUAUGAUAUCGACGACACAGCUUGCUACGCUCUCACAGAGUCUUGCCAAAUUCACCCGGAACCUGGUGGCCGCGGAAUCAUAUAACCAGCAGAGAGUAUUUCAGAACAAAACCUGCCUCCGUGCGAUGGCUCAUCAAUACACUUCGUAUACAGCCUUGCAAGAGCCGGCAUCCAUUGCAAGCAGUCGAAUACUGGCACAAGCAUUGUCAAAUCUGGUGACGGGCAACGAGCCUGUUUUACAAACUAUCUGGGAGAUGUACUUGUCGCUAACGGAAGAGCAGCUCAUCCUUCUGUGCCUCUUCGCUUCCCCUGACAUGCGAACUGCCUCUUCCACGUUCAUAUUCAUCUUGAACUGCGUCCAUGGAAACAGGGGACGUCUGGAAAUGUUGAUUCACAGUCCGAGAGGCCCUCGUCUAUGCAUCUGCAUGCUCGACCGUAUCAACUCUCUGGUAGAUGCUGAAGAGGCCACAGACGGGGCUCAUGCCUUCGACGUAGGAUAUGAGAUGUUCUCUCGCAUGGCGGAAGGCGGGCUCAUCCCAGCCCUAUAUACGACGAUCGCUUUGAGAGCAGACGAGAUCGUAACUCCGCACCAAACUACCCUACUCAAGCUUCUUGAUUCCCACCUACAACGUCCCCGCUCAAAAACCCCAUUAAAUGCGACAGAUCGACUCGUUCGGAACGAUCUCCUCCGCAUGCUUACUGAUAAGUUCUUCGCCCUAUCGGCGUACGUUCAACAAACUAUUCGCAAAGCGAUGGGUCCAAAAGUCGAUACCGUUGGAGCUAAGGAUGCAGGUUCUGGUGGUGAAGCAGCUGCACUUAAACCACCUCAGGAACUGGACUUGUUGCUGCCGAAAGUCUGCGAGGCUCUGGUGCUAGUUACGCAAUGCCUGAUAUCACUCGCAUUGCACGCUGAGGAACUCGCCGGUGUCCCUGUCGGCUUAUUAGCAGACAGGGCGCAAUCAGAGCAGGCUAUCUCGUAUGCUGUCGGGGUGAAGAUUUACUUGAUGCAAGAGUGCUCGACCGACGGUGAAGAGCUGCCAAGAAGCAUCGUCGACGUAUUCGUUCCCCGGAUCACCUUUGGCAAAGUAGUGCAGCGACCUCCGCCUCCAGGAGCGACUGCACAGGACACCGCCACUGAAGCUCAUCCGUCCGCAGCUGCAGGCUUCUCGUACGUCAAGCGCGACCUCGUCCGACUACUCGGCAUCCUCUGCUCGGAGAAUAGGGAUGUGCAGGAUCGCAUGCGUGAAGCUGGAGGUAUCCCUGUCGUGAUGAACCUCUGCGUCAUAGAUGACCAGAACCCAUAUUUGAAAGAACAUGCAAUUUUCACCUUGUGCAACCUCCUGCAUGGAAAUAAGCAGAAUCAAAAUGUUGUGAAGGAAAUUCAGCCAGUCGGUCGGUGGGAUGAGCACGGCGUAUUGCAGAGUAUGUAAGUCAGCAAAGAAUCAUCACUAUAUAGCGUUAUUACAUCUGUAGCAGAACCCUACUCCUCUUCCUCGUCGAACCCGAUAGCCCUCCUCUUACGCCCGCCGGAUGUGGUACGACGGCGCACCCCAAACUCCUCGUCCUCCUCCUCGCUUUCCACGUCCAUGCCCUCUUCUCUUCGUCCCUCGUCCCUCGUCCACAGCACCUUCUUCCUGCGACUUCCCGCUCGAUACUCUUUUUCGCUUGCGCUCCUCCUCUU